GCUAGCAGAAGGAUUGAUUGAACGACGUCGUUGGGCAAAUAUUGAAAAAAUGGUAGCCGGUCCGGUCGUCGGUAAAGCUUUUAAUCGAUUAAAAAACAACCUUCGGAUUUAAUCAACAAAACGUUUUUCCUUCCUAAGAGAAAAAACGUUUCUUGUUAGUUAAAAAAAAAAUAAAAAAAACCUUUGGAGAUACUUCAUCUCCUCCCAAACGGCAUCCAAAAACCAACCGAAAAGGGCGAAAUCUUCUUUACCUUUCCCUUUUAAAAAAAGGCCUGCUGUUCAAAUCUCUCGUUUUUUUUUUUAAUCGGACGAUUUUAUCGAUUGCUCUAAAAUUUGAUCGGUCCUCUGUUUUCUUUUGUUUUUCGGGUUUUUUGGGCGGGUUUUCGUUCGAUUCGGGUUUCGGAAUUGAAGAAAAAGAGAAAGGUAGGAAAGAAAUGAGUAAUCAAAAGAAAAGGAAUUUCCAGAUAGAAGCGUUCAAGCACCGGGUCGUGGUGGAUCCGAAAUACGCAGACAAGACCUGGAACAUUCUCGAACAUGCAAUCCAUGAGAUUUACAAUCAUAAUGCUAGUGGCCUCAGUUUUGAAGAGCUUUACAGGAAUGCAUACAACAUGGUCUUGCACAAAUUUGGUGAGAAGCUGUACUCUGGACUUGUUACAACUAUGACUGCACAUCUCAAAGAAAUAUCAAAAUCUAUAGAGGCUGCUCAAGGUGAUUUGUUUCUUGAAGAGCUGAACAGGAAAUGGAAUGACCACAACAAGGCAUUGCAAAUGAUUCGAGACAUAUUGAUGUACAUGGACAGGACUUAUAUUCCAAAUACCCGUAAAACCCCUGUUCACGAACUGGGACUUAAUCUGUGGAGGGAUAAUAUUAUACAUUCCAGCAAAAUACAGUCAAGGCUUCUGAGCACACUUCUUGAGCUAGUACAUAGAGAGCGAACUGGUGAAGUUAUAGACCGGGGGCUGAUGAGGAAUAUAAUCAAGAUGCUUAUGGAUUUGGGUUCUUCUGUUUACCAGGAGGAUUUUGAGAAGCCAUUUCUUGAGGUUUCCGCUGAGUUUUAUAAGGGCGAAUCUCAGAAAUUUAUUGAGUGCUGUGACUGUGGGGACUAUCUGAAGAAAGCAGAGAUACGUCUAAAUGAAGAAAUUGAGAGAGUUACCCAUUACUUGGAUGUCAAGAGUGAAGCCAAGAUAACUAAUGUGGUGGAGAAAGAGAUGAUUGCUAACCACAUGAUGAGACUAGUCCACAUGGAGAACUCCGGCUUGGUCAAUAUGCUUCUUGAUGACAAGUAUGAAGACUUGGGUAGAAUGUACAAUUUAUUUAGAAGAGUUGCCAAUGGUCUCUCAACUAUACGAGAUGUGAUGACUUCUCACCUCAGAGAAACAGGUAAAGAGCUGGUUACUGAUGCAGAAAGGUUGAAAGAUCCUGUGGAAUUUGUCCAGCGGCUCUUGGAUGAAAAGGACAAAUAUGAUAAUAUCAUUGGCCAAGCAUUUAGCAAUGACAAGACAUUCCAGAAUGCUCUGAACUCCUCUUUUGAAUAUUUCAUUAAUUUGAAUCCCCGUUCUCCCGAGUUCAUUUCCUUGUUUGUGGAUGACAAGCUUCGUAAAGGUUUGAAAGGAGUCAGUGAGGAGGAUGUGGAGAUUAUUCUUGACAAAGUUAUGAUGCUGUUUCGCUAUCUGCAGGAGAAGGAUGUAUUUGAAAAGUACUACAAACAACACUUAGCUAAGCGGCUUCUGUCUGGCAAAACUGUCUCUGAUGAUGCAGAGAGAAGUCUGAUAGUCAAGCUUAAGACAGAGUGUGGAUAUCAAUUUACUUCGAAAUUAGAAGGCAUGUUUACAGACAUGAAGACCUCCCAGGACACAAUGCAAGGGUUUUAUGCAAGCCAUCCUGAGCUAACUGAUGGCCCUACCCUAGUUGUUCAGGUUCUAACAACAGGGUCUUGGCCCACCCAGACUUGUAUUACUUGCAACCUGCCUGCAGAAAUGUCAGCACUCUGCGAGAAGUUUCGGUCAUAUUAUCUUGGGACCCAUACUGGUCGGAGGUUAUCCUGGCAAACUAACAUGGGGACUGCAGAUAUAAAAGCAAUUUUUGGGAAGGGUCAGAAACAUGAGUUGAAUGUUUCAACUUACCAAAUGUGUGUAUUGAUGCUUUUUAACAAUGCUGAUAGGCUUAGCUACAGGGAGAUUGAACAGGCCACUGAGAUUCCUGCUUCAGACUUGAAAAGGUGCUUGCAAUCAAUGGCAUGUGUGAAGGGAAAGAAUGUUCUCAGGAAAGAACCUAUGAGUAAAGACAUUGGGGAGGAUGAUGCAUUUUUUGUCAAUGAUAAGUUCACGAGCAAAUUCUACAAAGUGAAGAUAGGAACUGUGGUUGCACAAAAGGAAUCUGAACCUGAAAAGCAGGAGACGAGACAAAGAGUGGAGGAGGACAGGAAGCCACAGAUUGAAGCUGCAAUAGUUAGGAUAAUGAAAUCAAGGAGGGUGCUGGAUCACAACAAUAUAAUAGCUGAGGUUACAAAGCAGUUACAGUCACGGUUCCUGGCCAAUCCAACGGAGAUUAAGAAACGGAUUGAGUCUCUUAUCGAGCGGGAUUUCUUGGAAAGGGACAACAAUGAUAGGAAAUUGUAUCGGUAUCUAGCCUAAAGACAUGGCUUCAAUAGAUCUCUUGUUUCUUUUGGAAAGGUAAGUGUUGACAAAUGAAAUUGUACCCUAGUUGGUGAGUGGAAAUUUGUUUUACAUACCAUGCAAGCUCCAAUUGUUUGAAUGGAUAUCGAUUUGUUUCUGCUUUUCUUAUAUCUUGCACUGCUUCUUUCUCAGCCUCCUAUCUAUCCACUCGUCCACACCUUGCUGGCAAGACCAACCCACCCCCAAGGACUGGCCCUAUAUGUUUGGUUGGUUCAGCCAAGUUCAUCCAACCUUCUAUGCUUUGUAAUAGUACUGGCAUUAUUAGAGUCUAUCGAAUUUCAAUUUUGUUUUCUUC